AUGCCGCCGCCGGCGCCGCUGGCCGCGCGCCUGCUGCUCCUGGCCUCCGCCGCGCGGCCGCCGCGCGGCGCCUUCCUCGCCGGGCGCGCCUUCCUCGCCGGAGGGGCCAGCGGCGGCCGCGACGGCGCGGGAGCACGCCGUGCCGCUGUCGAGCCGGGUGCCGCCGCGGCUCCCGGGGUGCCGCCCGCGGGGACCAACCUCGUGGCGAACGGGGGCAUGGAGGAGAAGACAGGCACGGCUGGACCGACCUGUGCCCGGACGUGCACUACCUCGGCCACCAGGACGUCGAGGGCGCCAGUUGCUCGCACUUCGGACCGUGGGCCGGAGCCGCCGUCAAGAACGGCCUCGCCAACAGCAUCGUCUGGCACAUCAAGGCCCACUGCUUCUCGGGCAACCGCGGCGGCAUUUAUCUCGAAGAAGAACACCGGACAUCGCGACGACCCCUGGUUUUAA